AUGCGCGCAGGCGCGGUGACGUGGCAGCUGCCUUACGAGGCGGGCGAGCGCGUGCUGUACGAGCUGGAGCGCACCCUGUGCCCCGAUGACGCGCCCAGCCACGGCAACAUCACCAAUGACUGUGGUAUGGGCCAUGAGGGCGGGGAGGGCGCGGUGGGCGCGCGCGGCGGCUGGUCGCUGCACGUGUCCACGAUGUGCGCGGCGGCGCUGACGGCGCGCGUGCGCGUGUCGCGGCCGCCCGUCUGGCACCUGCCCUUCGCGCAGCAAGUCACCGUCUCCGCCAACAUGUCGGCGCCGCGCGUGCUGCACUACCGCUUCGCCGAGGGGCAGGACAGCGUGCGGCUGGUCGUCACCUCCGAGAGCGAGCUCUGCGCCGUCCUCUCCGUGCUGGACUACGUGUGUCCAAUAGCGCAAACGAUUUCGGCGCUCGCCACCGGCGGGCAGCGCCUCACCAUGAUGCGUAGCGGCGCCGUGCAGCUGUCGCGCGGGGAGUACCCGCACGGGUUCCUGGCGGUGGCGGCGGUGCUGCCGGUGCAGGCGGCGUGCGGCAGCGAGGAGCUGCCGGAGCCGGACUGGCUGUGGGCGGCGGCGCUGCUGGGCGCGCCGCACGAGCGCGCCCAGCUGCAGGACCCGCGCCUCAAGGACUUCACCUUCACCGUCGAGGCGGCACUGACGCGCGCGCAGUACGCGGUGGCUGCGGCCACGCUGCUGGCGGUGUUCCUCGGCUUCUACGUGGUGUUUGGCGCGCUGGUGCUAGCGCAGCGCUGGCCGCCGCUGGCGCGCCUGAUGCGGCCGAGCGCCGUGCUGGCGCCCGCGCCCGACCCCGCCGCUGCGGAACUUGAAGCGCAGGCGGAAGAUUCUAUUGCGGGUACCACGCCGGCGCGCCGUCGUCGCAGGGACUCCGAUGCUACGUUUGACAGCAGCGACCAGAGCGAAUCCGACGAAGAAGAAGAGCGCCCGUCGCGCGCCGCUACCUCCGCGCCCACGCCCACUCCUGCCGCAGCCGCUGCGCCCCCCGGCGAUGACGCGCAAAACGGCGUUGCGCUUGAGACGCAGCGGUCACCCGAUGACGUCACCGCGGACGGCGCACAACAAGACUCACAAGCUGGCGAAAAUAAUACACAGGGCCCGUUCGGGCUGCCGGCGCAGCUGCGGCUGGCGGCGCUGGCGCGGCGGCGCGAGCGCACCCUGCGCGCGCGUUCCGACCGCUACCUGUACACGCUCUACACCGUCGCCGUGUUCUACGCGCUGCCCGUCGUGCAGUUCGUGCUCGCCUUCCAGAUCAUCCUGAUCGUGUCGGGGUCGCUGGACAUCUGCUACUACAACUUCCUGUGCGCGCACCGCGCCGGCACGCUCAGCGACUUCAACCACGUGCUGUCCAACCUCGGCUACCUGCUGCUGGGCGCGCUGUUCCUGCUGCAGGUGCGCCGCCGCCGCCUGCGCCGCCGCCGCCGCCCGCGACACCAGGAGUACGGCAUCCCGGCGCACUACGGGCUGCUGUCGGCGCUGGGCGCCGGCAUGAUGGUGGUGGCCGUGCUCUCCGCCAGCUACCACGUCUGCCCCAACAGGCUCAACUUCCAGUUUGACACGUCGUUCAUGUACGUGCUGGCGGUGCUGAUGAUGGUGAAGAUCUACCAGUCGCGGCACCCCGACGUGAACGCGCGCGCGCACUCCACCUUCGGCGUGCUGGCCGUGCUCAUGGCGCUCGUGGUGUGGGGUGUGCUGGGCGGCGGCGCCGUGUUCUGGGGCGUGUUCACGGUGCUGCACGUUUUCACCGUGCUGCUGCUGUCGCUGCGCGUCUACUACGUGGGCCAGCUGCGCUUCGAGAAGCAGAGCCUGGUGACGGCGGCGAGCGAGCUGCGAACCGGCGCGCGGCCGCUGUACCGCACGCGCCUCGCCAUGCUGCUGCUCAUCAACGGGCUCAACUGGCUCUUCGCGAUAUACGGGCUGCUAGGGCACAGCCGCGACUUCGCGGGGCACAUGCUGCAGGUGCUGCUGGGUAACGCGCUUGUGUACAUGGGCUUCUACCUGGUGAUGAAGCUAGUGCACGGCGAGCGCCUGCGCGCCCACGCGUGGGUGCUGCUGGUGCUGGCCGCGGCCGCGUGGGUGCCCUCGCUCUACUUCUUCACGUACGGGUACGCCGAGUGGGCGCUGCCGCCCGCGGUCUCGCGACACCUCAACCACGAGUGUCUGGUGUUACAGUUCUACGACUCGCACGAUCUCUGGCAUAUAUUGUCGGCGAUAGCUCUCUAUCUCACCUUCAAUGUGCUGCUGACGUGGGACGACGACUUUGUUUUGUUCAUAAAUAUCAACGCACAAGCAUUAAAUAUUGGAACCACUGUGCGUAGCAGCAGAGGAGCAGGUCGAACAAGCAGGCGUUGUGGCGAGCAUUUACGUAUACCACUCAGACACCAGGUGUAUGUGGUGACUGACCAGCUAGUGGAGAAGCCAUACUGCCCACGUAAACCCAACGAUCCUUCCCUGUCU